CCAUGCUCUGAUUUACGGCUCUGCUGUAAAAGGCUUUUCCAGCAGCAUCAGCAACAAGUCGGGUUGGCUGGGGUGAUGCAACAGAAAACAUCUGAAGGAAACAAGUCCUUGUGGCAGGACUCUGUAAGAAAUGGUAACCUAUAUAAGCCUUUUCGUUGCCCGCAGUGUGGCGAAAGUGCUCGUUUCAAAAGCCUCUCCUCUUUGAGGGCACAUAUGGACUAUAUGCAUAGCUAUGAAGAAAGAUAUUUUUGGGGACAAUCAGGAAUUAUUUGUUCCUUGAAAGAGGUGGAACUACCUGAAAGUCAGGUAGAAUCUAUCGACAAUGCACUAAAUCAAAAGAGCACUUCACCCACAUUAUGUGACCUAAAGAACGAGAGCAAACAAGCCAACAGUUCCAUGGAAAUACUAUCAGAGCGGCCUUCGCCUCCUGUCAAAAGCUCUUUCUCGGACAAUUCAACAAAGAGCCACCAUUAUAUUAUUGGUUAUCCCGUAACAAGUACUAAGUUUCACUUAGAGCCACAAGAGAAGUCUGUACUCAAUCAGCUUGCUGAAAAUGUUGAUAAGAACAUAGAAAAGAAAAUCGAUAAACUCAAUGAGGAACUUUGCCAAAAAACGUCAGAAUUGCUGGAAGUCCGAGCUGCCUUUUUACAACUUUCUCAGAAGAAGCAGGAGGUUCAACGCAGAGAAAGAGCCCUCAGUCGUCAGGUAGAUGUGGCUGUUGAGCUGAUUGCAAUUCUUCGCCAGCGACUGACAGAAUCUGAACAGGAACUCCAGAGAAAGGAAGAAGAAGUGGUGUCUAUCAAUCACUUCCUAGAGGCGGCUGCUGAGAAGGAAUUACGAGGGAAAAGGAGACUCCAGCAGUUUAUUGAGAACUUGCUACAACGAGUGGAGCUUGCAGAAAAGCAGCUGGAAUUUUAUCAGAACCGACAGAUCAAAAACAGUCAAGCCAGCGUAGGAGAUGCAGUGGUUGUACAUUUUCAGGCAAGCAGAAAAAACAAGUGCCUCAACCGAGGGAGUUUUAAUCUGGUAAAUAACAUGCAUGAUGUCAAACCUCAGUCUGCACAGAAAAGUCGCAGUUACAUGAAUCGCGUGGGCAUCCAACCAAUGAAAUUAUUACACGAGUCCUCGGAAGGUUGCCGAGAAGUAUGGAAGCCGCAGAAGAAAGUGGACUCUUCAGGAACUGCGAGGAAGGUUAACAACAAGUCAAAAAUCGGGAAAAAGAUUUGCAUGUGUAAUAAUGUUCAUAAACAUUACUAA